UGCCCCGCCUCCCCCCCAGGCUAUGGCCACGCAGCGCCCAGCACGGAUGGCGGCAAGGUGUUCUGCAUGUUCUACGCGCUGCUGGGCAUCCCGCUCACGCUGGUCAUGUUCCAGAGCCUGGGCGAGCGCAUCAACACCUUCGUGAAGUUCCUGCUGCACCGCGCCAAGCGGGGCCUGGGCAUGCGGCGCGCCGACGUGUCCAUGGCCAACAUGGUGCUCAUCGGCUUCUUCUCGUGCAUCAGCACGCUGUGCAUCGGCGCGGCCGCCUUCUCCUACUACGAGCACUGGACCUUCUUCCAGGCCUACUACUACUGCUUCAUCACGCUCACCACCAUCGGCUUCGGCGACUACGUGGCGCUGCAGAAGGACCAGGCGCUGCAGACGCAGCCGCAGUACGUGGCCUUCAGCUUCGUCUACAUCCUCACGGGCCUCACGGUCAUCGGCGCCUUCCUCAACCUCGUGGUGCUGCGCUUCAUGACC